AAGCGUAUGAUUGGUUGUUCUAUUUGAAAAUCGAUAAUGCGCACCAAUGAUCGAUUUUUCAUUCCCGCAAGGACAGCGUGUUUGACAGUUUCGAAGAGUUCUCUGUUGAUAAAGGGACUCAAGUAUGGCAAUUGCUGUAGCAGAGAACUUCCAGUUAAAAUGGCAUAGCUAUGGAGCCCAUCUUCACACAUCUAUCUCUACAUUACUCCAGUCAGAAUCAUUUACAGACAUAACCCUUGCUACAGUAGAUGGCCGGCAAAUUGCUGCUCAUCGCUUUGUUUUAUCAGCAUGCAGUUCAUAUAUAAAACAGCUUCUUCAUGCGGUUUAUCCGGGUACAAACAGUCACCUUCCUCUUGUUGUAAUUUUGCCAUCUGAAAUCAGUUAUCGUAUUCUGAGGAUCCUUAUUGAAUAUAUGUACAGCGGAGAAGCAACCGUUAGCUAUGGCCAGCUGGAUGGAAUUUUGAGGGCUGCACAUAUUUUGGGGAUUAGAGGACUUUGUAAAGAGAAAGGGAACCAUGGAAACCAAAAUAUGCAGGAAAAGAACAGAAGAUCAUCUGACACUGAGCAGCAGAACUGUAGGAGAAAUGAAAUUGUUAGUGAAGCAAGUAACAGAAAGGCUGGAUCGUGCACAAAUAGCAGAGAUAAAAAUUCAAAACAUGUGAAGAAUGAUAACACUAGCAUAACAAAACCUAGUAAUCAACGUACAAAUAAUGUAUCUUGUGAUGAACCAAACAAAGGACAGGGAAAAAGUGGUGAAUCAAGUCAGGAAAAGGUAGAUAGUACACUAACUGAGAACGAAGUAAUUGGUCAAAUUAAUGGUGAAAACUGCAAAAAUAAUGUUAUGGAGAAAAGUGAUUCAAGUGCAGAAAGGAGUGGAAUCUCAAAGGUUACAACUGCUUUAGAAACUUUUUCUGAAAAGCACAACACUGGAAACAGAAUAGAACUAGAUCCUAUGCAACUAUUGGUUAAGCAAGAACCAAUUGAAUGGGAGGAUACUGAAAUAGAAAUGCCCUUGGCAGUGACACAUGAUAGUGACAAUCAGAUGCAUACUGAGAUGACAAUUAAGCCUGAAAUCUUCCACACUACAGCUGGUGAUGAUGAUGAUGAUGAUGAUGACGAUGAUGAUGAAGGGACACUAUAUUCUCCUCUUAGUUGUGAUCUCUGCCAGAAAAUGUUCACUACACCUGCUGAAUGGGUACGGCAUAUUGAGGCCCAUCCCGAGAACCAGCAGCAGCAGCAGCGUGGGAGACGUGCAGGGAGACAAUCUCGGGAUCUGGAGAAUGGAAGCAGUAUUAACCAGCAGGCAUAUGCAGAAUUUCCACCUCUGCGAUGCGAAUUAUGUCAGCAAGUUUUUACCAGACCUGCAGAUUGGGUACGUCACAUUCAGACCUCUCAUACUGAAGAACAGUUAGCAAUCAGCAACAACUCUUCAGCACAUGCUUCUAGGUUGCGGCGAGGUGGCCGUAAACGUUGCCAGAUAUGUAGCAAGACAUUCCCAUCUCAUGCUUCAAUGUUGAUCCAUCGGCGCACACACACAGGAGAGAAACCUUAUGUUUGUGCAGUGUGUGGCAAAGGUUUCAAUGUUAAAAGCAAUUUGUUGCGUCAUUUACGCACAUUACAUGACCGCAUAGUCAGCCCUUCCACGGUUGAGUGAGUGUCAUUAGAUAGAGCCAGGAAGCGGCAAACCCUUCCCCUGGCACACUCAGCAUUCAGAUCCCACUCUAACCUAGUAGGCUAUUUCAAGAAAGGAUUUAUGCCCAAUACAAAUUGUAUCAGAUUGCAACAACUUCAUAAGAUUAACAUUUUAACUAACUUUUAAUUUCCAACUCCUUGCAGUUCGAAUACUUCGAGAUGUCAGUUAAAAUUCAAAAAACAAAGUUGUGUGAAGAUAUUACAGUGCUUACUUUCUUUCAAAGCUUCAGUCUGUAUGGUAAGGCUAGCGAGAACUUUAUAUUAGUAAUUUUGUUCAGAACUUAUUAGGGGGAAUACACACACACACACAUACAACUGACAUGACGAUACUGUGAGCCUGCCUUCCUUAUUUAUAUAUAUAUAUAUAUAUGUGUGUGUGUGUGUGUGUAUAUAUAUGUUGGAAAACUGCAGUCCAUACAGAUUCCAGAUGCAUUCUUUGCACCUUGGCAUUUUGAAUGCUUAUAGCUGUUCUUAAUAGUUUCCAAAAAAGAAACUGGAGCAACCUGCAACCAAAACUUAUGUAGUUUCUACCAUUACUACCUCUGAAAAGCAUGAACAAGGAAAUAGUAUAGCAUAGUUUGAUAUAGAGCCUUAACUCUAAAUCUCUAUAUUAUGAACUAGUCAAUAAAUGCAACAUAUGCAUGUUGUAAUUUAUCUUACUGUGUUGAUAGAAGUAUUUAUAAAAUAAAUAUGUACCAUCGUUAGAAAAUUAUAAUUUUACACUUA